AUGAAUAAAGAGAACCAAAAUAUCGGGCAGCUCAACAAGAGGGUGAGGAAAUCUAUAAGACUCGAUCUACGGAGAUAUAGCCGAAAUACCAUCAUUGAUACAAUCAAAGAAAAUAGAGGUCUAAAAGUGUUCCAAAGGAAAUUAAAUACUGGUAGCGGCCAAAUAUACAGUUUGCUGAGACCCGAUGGAUCUAAAACAGAAGAUAGGGAUGAAAUCUUGAGAACCGUAGAGAACUUUUAUACAGAUCUCUACAGUACUAUAACAUCAGAACCGAAGACCUACAGAGGAAGAGAUCCCAGGGCAAAACUAGUAAGACGUAGGACUGAAGAUCUCCCGGAUAUAAGGCUGUACGAAAUAAGUAACGCACUGAAGCACAUGAAAAACGAAAAGUCAUCCGGGCAAGACCAAAUCCCGAUUGAACUGGUAAAAUGUGGUGGUAAACCUGUUCACUGGUCUUCGAAAGGCAUUAACGUCAAUGGCAAAAUACUGUCUCAUCUGAGGUUCACUGAUGACAGUGUUCUUAAAGCAGAAAGCUUAAAACACCUACAGGCGAUGAUGGAAGAGCUACAUACAGUGUGCACAGCCGUAAGACUUAAAAUGAACAUGAACGAAAGUAAUGUGUCGGGAUAA